AUGAUGACAUAUUUUGUAUUUAUUUUAAGUAUUGUUUUUGUGGUUGGUUUUGUGGGUUUUUCUUCUAAGCCUUCUCCAAUUUAUGGGGGCCUUGUUUUGAUUAUUAGUGGGGCGGUUGGUUGUGGUAUUGUAUUGAGCUUUGGUGGGUCCUUUUUAGGUCUAAUGGUGUUCUUAAUUUAUUUGGGUGGCAUGCUUGUUGUUUUUGGUUAUACAACCGCUAUGGCUACUGAGCAGUAUCCUGAGGUUUGAGUUUCUAAUAAGGCUGUGUUAGGUGCGUUUAUUGCGGGUCUUUUAUCUGAGUUGCUGUUGGCUUGUUAUAUUCUGAAAGAUGAUGAGGUUGAUGUUGUGUUUGGAUUUAAUGGUAUAGGUGAUUGGGUGGUUUAUGAUACUGGGGAUUCAGGGUUUUUUAGUGAAGAGGCUAUGGGUAUUGCGGCUUUGUACAGUUAUGGUACUUGGUUAGUUAUUGUAACCGGUUGAUCUCUUCUUGUAGGGGUAUUAGUUAUUAUGGAGGUUACCCGUGGGAAUUAG